UUACACUUUUCCUAUAGGAUUAAGCCGAUCUCCCUGCGCUGCUGAAUGGAGGCCGGGGAGCCGGCGAUGGCCGGCCCUAAAGGCCCGGGGAUCCCCGUUUGAUCAUCUCACUCUCCCCUCCGAGCCCCAGCGCUGAUUGGCCAGGAGCUUUAAGAAGAGGGAAAAUCUUUAAUUAAGCAGAUAAUCUCUUGUUGGGACGAGAGCGGCUCCAUUUCAGAGCCCCCUCCCUGGAUGGUGGAAGCCCCUGAAGUGAGGUUGGAUGUGCAGGCAGCUCACUUUCUUCUCCACCUUCAGACCGUGUGCAGCCUCUGGACAGGGCUCGGCCUCCGCUCACCUGCCAGCAUGUUCAUGCAUUUGGAGGUUUUCUAUUACGUCUUCAUUCUGCUGGCACACAUGAGGUCCUGCUGCAGCUGGUCAGUGAAUAAUUUCCUGAUGACUGGACCCAAGGCUUACCUGAUCUACUCCAGCAGCGUGGCAGCAGGCGCUCAGACCGGCAUCGAGGAGUGCAAAUACCAGUUUGCAUGGGAUCGCUGGAACUGCCCUGAGAGGGCGCUGCAGCUGUCCACUCACAGCAGCCUGCGCAGCGCCAAUCGGGAGGCAGCGUUCGUCCAUGCCAUCAGCUCCGCCGGCGUCAUGUACACGUUAACCAGGAACUGCAGUCUGGGAGACUUUGACAACUGUGGCUGUGACGACAGCAGGAACGGACAGCGAGGUGGCCACGGUUGGCUGUGGGGCGGCUGCAGCGACAACGUCGGCUUUGGAGAAGCCAUCUCCAAGCAGUUUGUUGACGCCUUGGAGACGGGGCAGGAUGCUCGCGCCGCCAUGAACCUUCACAAUAACGAGGCCGGACGCAAGGCAGUUAAAGGGACCAUGCAGAGGACCUGUAAGUGUCACGGUGUGUCAGGAAGCUGCACCACUCAGACCUGCUGGCUGCAGCUGCCGGAGUUCAGAGAAGUGGGAAAUUACCUAAAGGAGAAAUACCACAGGGCCCUGAAGGUGGAUCUCCUCCGAGGGGCGGGCAACAGCGCGGCCAGCCGAGGGGCAAUCGCUGAGACUUUUAGCUCCAUCUCUCGUAAGGAGCUGGUCCACUUGGAAGAUUCCCCCGACUACUGCCUGGAAAACCGCACUCUGGGCUUCCCGGGCACGGAGGGUCGCGAGUGUCUGAAGAAGGGCAAGAAUUUGAGCAAAUGGGAGAAGCGCAGCUGCAAGAGGCUGUGUGGAGAGUGCGGCCUCGCCGUGGAGGAACGCAAAGCCGAGACGCUGUCCAGCUGCAAUUGCAAGUUUCACUGGUGCUGCGCGGUGAAGUGCGAGCAGUGCAGGAAGACGGUGACAAAGUACUUUUGCGUAAAGAAAGGAGGUCAGAGGGUGAGGAACGAGAGCGCGGGGAGCCGCCGGAAGGGCCUGAGACUGAGGAAGAAGCACUGAGUACCAUCGUCAUCACCACGACUUCUCAUCAGACCGAUUCUGUGCUCCUGUUCAAAUGAUGUGUUCUGAAGAAGAAGAAGAAAAAGAAAAAUACUUAUAUUUUUUGCCACCGUUGUCAUAAUUAGCUAUGUAUCAGCACAUGAGACGAAGAGGCUUCACAACCAAUCACAACAGACUGGUUAAGACGUCCUUUUAGAACUUGUUUAAAUUUGGAACAUCUCUUCUAAAAUACAUUACAUGACUUAUCUAUUUCAUUCCCAAAUACAAAAAAAAAAAGUCAGUUUUCCAUAAUUUGUUUUUUAAAGACACACUGCAUGUGUCUGCAACAUGUUUAUAUUUCUUAUGUUUUUAUGUUUUUGUGUUUGACAUUUACACAUGAAUCAAAUGUUUUGUCGUAAUAUUUGGUCUUUUUUGGAUGACAGCUAAACACAUGACUUCCAGGCAGUGUGAACUAAUGCUUAAAAAAAAAAUCUGUAGCUGCUUUGUCACUGGCGUGUGCAGUGAGUCUCUGGCCUGAUGUGACUUAUUUUUGACAACUGUUUGUUUGUUUUCAUUCUAAACUUCUGUCCGUGCCCUUUGCUGCCCCCUUGGUGUAUUUAAUUGUACAUAGAAUGAAGCACUUUGUACUGUACAUUGUUAAUUUAUUGCACAGCAUUGGUUAGUUUGGCUUUAUUGUUAGUUGCCUUUGUGUGUUUUUAUAUUAAAAUGUAAUGAAACAAA